AGAACAGCGCUUCAUUUGAAAUCAGUAACGGGCGAGAGAGAAGAGGAGUUCAGUUUAGGAGAAGAGAGAAACCGGCCCUGGGUGAAGAGGAUAACGGAGGCAGAGGUCUUGUGCGAAGAGAGUGAGCUUUUGGAGGCCACACACAGAACUGAUACUGUGAAGUAGAAAAUCUGUGAAAAAAGGGGACAUGUCCUGCCCGCAGGAUACCUAUUCCUAUGAUGCUCCUACUACCUAUAUUAAAUUUGACUCAUUCCAAGGUGAGGAUGAUCCAAAUGCAGACUCAUGGUUUGACCAGCUAGUGGAUGCUGAGAACAUUCCUCCUGAGCCAAACAAAGAUAAUACAAAGAACACCCCCAUUCGAAAGUCUGGCACCCUGCAGUCCAAUGUUACACCUACCAAGAAUUCAGAUGAAAAUCACAAUGCACAGGAUGACGCAAUGUCACAACAACCCCUUAAUAUUAUUUCUUCUAUGGAUGCUUGGAGAGCUACAAACAAGAAUCAAAGUGGGCAUAGAGUAUCUACAGGAAAUAGGUCAUCAAAGCGACUUUCUGGCAAGGAGAGGAACAAACAGCUGGCAAAAAUUCGAGCUGAGAGGCGUACAGUCAGUUCAUCUGUGCACCCAGAUGACCACCCUCCUACAAAGAAACAAAAGCUGACUUAUAGAUCAUCAGAGAACAAGCCAGUGCCUCAAACUGUAAGGAGGACACUCAGCAGAAGCGUCACAUCAGAUACCUCGUUGAACAAAGGACUGUCCACAAGCAGGGACAAAGCAAACAACCUAUGCUCUCCAAAACCAAAGUCCAAGCUGUUGACUAUGCCCUCCACUCCUACAGUGCUGAAGAGAAAAAACUUGCCAUUAAAGCCAAAGAGUUCAGAGGAACAGGAAUUGGAAGUGAUGCAGCAGCUUCAGAAGGAAGUAGUAGAGCAACGUAAGAAGAAUGAGGAGACCCUGAAAAUGGCAAUAGCUGGUGCUGGACAACCAGGGAAGAGGACUAUCGCCCCGGUCACCAAACCAGUAGACUUUCACUUCUGUACAGAUGAUCGUCUUAAGAAACACCCUGAGGAGCAGGCAGGUGAUCAGUACAAGGAGGUGGAUUUUGCGGCUGCUCUCAGAAAGCACCCACCAUCCCCGGUGAGGGUGCCAAAGGGUGGUCACACAGUACCUAAGCCCUUCAAUCUUUCACAAGGCAACAAACGAAAACUUGAAGAGUCAGACAGUGGAAAAUAUGUCUCCACUGCUGAACAGGUUCUUGCCUUCUGUAAAAAAACACCUACACGCUAUCAUUUGCGUAGCAGACAGAAGGAUAUGGAGGGACCUUCCCCAGUGAAAGCUUUUAAACAAAAACUCACAAAUCCCAAAACUCCAUUGCUUGUGACAAAACAGAGGUACAGACCUGCUACAUGUAAAAGUUCUGCAGAAAUGGAGACUGAAGAGUUGGAUAAGUUGCAGCAGUUUAAAUUCAAAGCCCAGGAGUUGGACCCUAGGAUCCUGGAAGGGGUUCAUAUUUUUCCUAAAAAACCACCUGUGAAGGAACCCACUAAAGCCAUUGGAUUCGAUCUAGAAAUUGAGAAGAGAAUCAAACAACGAGAGAAGAAGGAAGAAGAUGAAGAGGAGACGUACAGUUUUCAUUCCAGACCUUGUCCAACUAAAAUCCUGGAAGAUGUUGUGGGUGUUCCUGAAAAAAAGACAUUACCUGUGACUGUGCCCAAAUCUCCAGCCUUUGCCCUUAAAAACAGAGUGCGUGUACAGGAGGAGGAAGAGGAGGAAGAAGAGGUUCCAGUUAUCAAAGCAAAUCCUAUGCCCCACUAUGGAGUCCCAUUCAAACCUAAGCUACCAGAGCAGAGGCAAGUGGAGGUUAAUCCUUUCUCAUUCUGUGACAGAGACAGAGCGAAGCAGUUACAAAAGGAGAAGAAAUUGGAUGAUUUACGCAAAGAAGAAGUACCAAAAUUCAAAGCUCAGCCUUUGCCUCAAUUUGAUUACAUCAGCCUGCCAGAGAAAAAGAUUAAAAUGCCAACACAGCAGGAACCUUUCCAGCUUGAGAUUGAUAAACGGGGGUCUUCAAAGAUACAGAGGUGGAAGCAGCAGAUGCAGGAGGAACUGAAGCAACAAAAAGAGAUGGCUACUUUCAAAGCCCGACCCAACACAGUAACUCAUCAGGAACCCUUUGUGCCAAAGAAGGAAAAUAGGAGUCUGACUGAUAGCCUUUCUGGUUCCGUAGUUCAGGAAGGGUUUGAACUGGCAACAGAAAGGCGUGCAAAAGAGCGUCAAGAAUUUGAAAGGCGCCUUGCAGAGACGGAAACUCAAAAACAAUUACUUGAAGAGGAGGAGCGUCGAAGACAGGAGGAGCAGGAGAAGGAAGAAAUAAACCGCUUGCGACACGAAUUGGUUCACAAGGCACAACCUAUCCGGAAGUUCAGAUCUGUAGAAGUGAAAGCAAGUGACGUGCCUCUAACCAUCCCAAAAUCUCCUAAAUUCUCUGACCGUUUCAAGUGUUGAUGCUGCAGCUGCUUUUAAUUUUGUAUUUUAUCAGUAACUUUGGAAUCUUAUCCUAUUUUGGAACUGGCCUUGUACUUUGGACCAUAUAUUUUGAUCACUGGCAUAAUUUUUGUAAAUAGUCUUAUAUGGGACAUGUCUCAAAAAACAAUUUUGGUUCUAUGUAAAUAUUGAAGUUUUUUUAGUUUCCUUUAUGUAAACAUUAACGUGCAAUAAACCUUUUGUGGAAUACUACUCUUA